CCGGGCGCGCCCGCCCCCACGACCCGGCUAUAACACCGGGUCCCGCCGGGCUGCUGCGGGCGGGUGGAGGUGCGCGCCUGGGCCCUGAACAUGGACUUCCCGUGCCUCUGGCUAAAGCUGUUGCUGCCUUUGGUAGCUGCGCUGGAUUUCAACUACCACCACCAGGAAGGGAUGGAAGCGUUUUUGAAGAAUGUUGCCCAAAACUACAGUUCUAUCACUCACUUACACAGUAUUGGGAAAUCUGUGAAAGGUAGACACCUGUGGGUUCUUGUUGUGGGGCGGUCUCCAAAGGAACACAGAAUUGGGAUUCCGGAGUUCAAAUACGUGGCGAAUAUGCAUGGAGAUGAGACUGUUGGGCGGGAACUGCUGCUCCAUCUGAUUGACCACUUCGUAACCAGUGAUGGCAAAGACCCUGAAAUCACAAAUCUGAUCAAUAGUACCCGGAUACACAUCAUGCCUUCCAUGAACCCAGACGGAUUUGAAGCCGUCAGAAAGCCUGACUGUUAUUACAGCAUCGGAAGGGAAAAUUACAACCAGUAUGACUUGAAUAGAAAUUUCCCCGAUGCUUUUGAAUAUAAUAAUGUCUCAAGGCAGCCUGAAACUGUGGCAGUCAUGAAGUGGCUGAACACGGAGACGUUUGUCCUCUCUGCAAACCUCCACGGUGGUGCCCUUGUGGCCAGUUACCCAUUUGAUAAUGGUGUUCCAGCAACUGGGGCAUUAUACUCCCGAAGCUUAACUCCUGAUGAUGAUGUUUUUCAAUAUCUUGCACAUACCUAUGCUUCAAGAAAUCCCAACAUGAAGAAAGGAGAUGAGUGUAAAAGCAAAAUGAACUUUCCAAAUGGUGUUACAAAUGGCUACUCUUGGUAUCCACUCCAAGGUGGAAUGCAAGAUUACAACUACAUCUGGGGCCAGUGUUUUGAAAUCACGUUGGAGCUGUCAUGCUGUAAAUACCCUCGUGAGGAGAAGCUGCCAUCCUUUUGGAAUAAUAACAAAGCCUCAUUAAUUGAAUAUAUGAAACAGGUGCACCUAGGUGUAAAGGGUCAAGUUUUUGAUCAGAAUGGAAAUCCAUUACCCCAUGUAAUUGUGGAAGUCCAAGACAGAAAACAUAUCUGCCCCUACAGAACCAACAAAUAUGGAGAGUAUUACCUCCUUCUCUUGCCUGGGUCCUAUAUAAUAAAUGUUACAGUCCCUGGACAUGAGCCAUACCUUACAAAGGUAAUUAUUCCAGAGAAAUCCCAGAACUUCAGUGCUCUUAAAAAGGAUAUUCUGCUUCCAUUUCGAGGGAAAUUGGAUUCUAUCCCAGCGUCAAAUCCUUCAUGCCCAAUGAUUCCUCUAUACAGAAAUUUGCCAAGCCACUCAGCUGCAACAAAGCCUAGUUUGUUCUUAUUUUUAGUGACUCUUUUGCACAUAUUCUUCAAACAAAGUAAAAUGUGAAACUCAAGUCACAUCACCACCUGGAAUCAGGGAUUACUCACUCCAGGUUACUGCAACCCUAACUCACUCUAGUGGGACCUUGACUCGAGAAACUCCACAAUCUUCCUGAAGAAAAGUGGAUGUUUCCAAAUUCUGCAAUAAGCAAUAUGUGGUGAUAAUGAGAAGAAUGAUUCAGUCUUGAUGAUGAAUGGAAGACACUUACCUAGCACGUACUUCUCAUUUGCUCUCAAAUUAAUCUUGAAGUUGUCUUAAAAUUUGUAAGAAGUUAAAACUUGAGAAGCAAAAAAAUGCCUUCCAAAGGAAGAUAAUUUUGUAUCCAGAGAACCGGAUGAAUAUAAGCAAUAAAGAUGAACAUUUAUUGAUCUUCUACAUACAAGACCUCACCAUGAGGCCAGACUUGGUGGCUCAUGCCUUGUAAUCCCAGCACUUUGGGAGGCUGAGGUGGGUGGCUCACCCACCAGCCUCAGGAAUUCAAAACCAGCCUGGCCAACAUGGUGAAACUCCGUCUCUACUAAAAAUUAGCAGAGCUGGGUAGCAGGUGCCUGUAAUCCUAGCCACUCGGUAGGCUGAGGCAGGAGAAUCGCGUGGACCUGGGAGGCAGGGGUUGCAGUAAGCUGAAAUUGCAUUACUGCACUCCAGCCUGGGCAACAGAUUGAGACUCUGUCUCAAAAAAAAAAGACCUCACCGCGAGUGCUAUAUGUAUGUGAAGAGACAGUAAGUGCCUUAUAUUUUUAGUUCUCAGAGAAGGGAGAAAUUAUAGGACUGAGAAUUGUUUUGCAAAUGUUCUAGGAGAUGUCAGAGAAAAUAUGCAAGCAUAUCUGAGUGGCCCAAGAAAAUACAAGCCCAAAGGGAAAAGAUUGUGUCUCUGUAGAGCAUCAAAGCACACAAGUCAAUUAAGUAAAGCCCCUCUCCCUCCAGAGCCACGUGUCCCUAGAUUUUGGCACCUGGCGCCACAGUCGUCUAUUAGGCUGAUGACUCCAAGGGUAUAACUCUAGCCUCUUGCCUGAGCUUCGGACUCACACCCACUGCCCACUGGACACAUGCACCUGGAUGUGACUGACAGACACCUCAAACCUAUCAUGUGGAGAUACUCAUCCUGUUCCCCCUAGAGCUGCUCUUCCUGCUGCAUUGUCUCUCUCAGUUACUGGGACCACCAAGCUAGGAGCCUUGGAGUCAUCCCUGAUACUUUCUCCUCCUCGUUAAUCCCAUGUAUUCAUCAAGUAACUAAAGAUUGGUGUUGGCUGGGCAUGAUGGGUCAUGCCUGUAAUCCCAGCACUUUGGGAGGCCAAGGCGGGCAGAUCACUUGAGGUCAGGAGCUCGAGACCAGCCUGGACAACAUGGUUAAACCCCAUCUCUACUAAAAAAGAAAAAAAAAAAUUAGCCAGGUGUGGUGGCACGUGCCUUUAAUCCCAGCUACUGGGGAGGCUGAGGCAGGAUAAUUGUUUGAACCCAGGAGGCAGAGGUUGCAGUGAGCCAAGAUGGCACCAUUGCACUCCAGCCUGGGAGGAGAAGCGAGACUCGGUCUCAAAACCAAAAAAAAGAUUCGUGUUAAUGAUAAUUAUUGAUGGAUUCUGCUCUUCUUGGUUGUCAGCACCGCAAAGCUGAGACCCGGUACUUCACCUGCACUGCUGCAACAGCUUUUUUGGUCCCUUGCUCCUUUCAGUCCCUCCUCCACACAGCACUUUUUUUGGUCCCUUCUCCUCUUCAGUCCAUCCUCCACACAGCACUGGGGAAGGGGAGCCACUUGAAACAAAAGUCCACAACUGCUUGUAGUUCAUAAACACAGAGCUGCUUGUGUCCCUGUAUCUGGAAUGCCAUUCUACCCACCACAUUUUUCCUUUCCCACUCCUCUUAAAACUCAGUUCAGGUAGCAGCUCCAUUAGGAAGCCUUGGCUGACCAUAAUCCCAUUCAAUUCCAUUUCACCCCUUCCCUGGCAGUCUGGGGUUGGGGACCCUUCCUCUUAGCUCCCCAAAAUAAACUGUGUAUCUCUACUAUUGGGUUUACAACAUUGUAUUAUAAUCUUCUACUUCCAUGGGUGCCUUCUCUAGUAGAAUGUGAGCUCUUUGAGGCCAAGGUCUACUAAAUUUGUUGGAACAAUUCAUUUUUAUAUCCUCAAAGCCUAGCACAUAAUGGGUACUGAAUGAAUGAAUGAACAAACAAGGGGUUCCAGGAGCCUGUUACUCCCAGUCCUUCCCAGAAACAGCCUAGGGCUUUGUCAUUUUAUGAAGCUAGGUCUUAUGCUUAGGCAAUCUCCAGCUCACUUGGAACACUGACAGAAGAGUGUUUUCAUGUCUGUAAUCAAGAAAAUAAUUCCAGAUACAUUCCUUUUACUGGACCUUGAAUUGAUUCUUAUAUUGGUAGUAAAGGUAUUUUGUUACCUGUUAACAGCACUGCAAACUACCUUUUUUUUUAUCAGAUUAAAUUUUACCAUUAGGACUCAAUUUGCUUCUCAAAUUCUCCAUGAGAGUUACUCUAUCUUAAACCAUUACCUGUAAGAAUUAAAGGGUAAAGCACUAACCAGAAAGGAAAGAAAACAAUUUUCUCCUCUUCCUAUCUUCCUUUCUUUCUUCCUCCUUUCCCUCUCCUCCUCUACUUCCCCUCCCCUCCCCCUCCCCUUCCUCUUUUCUUUCUCUUUUUUUACUUAAUCCCCAGUGUGAUAGUAAUAUAGGCCGAUUUCUAGAAGUGCGGUGUAUUACUCACGGAAAAUGAGUUGCCUUGGUUCUUACUUUCAAUUGAAAGUUCUACAGGAUCUAGAAAUGAAACCAUAAUGGCAUGGAGAGUGAUGAGAACCACAGAGGAAUGAAGAGCUCCUGGAGCAUUUAGGCCAUUUCUAUGCCAAGCUUAUUCUACAUCCACAAAAUCAUACAUGUCAAUAUAAACAAAAUUUGGAGGCUUCUUUAACCCACUUAGAAAAUCUGGUAAUUUGUGUGUUGGCAAUAGAUCACAAAAAAAUCUUAUAAUAAUCUGAAUAUCUUGAUUAUUUAAGUAAGCAGUAAUUUAUUAUAUCCUUGAAAGUACAUAUUAAUAUAAUAUUGCAAAAAUGACUUUGGUAUAUUACAAAUAAAAGUAUAUAAGACUAAACUUGAUUUGCCAUCAAGCCCCAAACAAUUUUUCAACUGGGCAUUGAGUUCUAACUUUCCUAAGAUAGCAGUUUUUGAAGGGACACGAAGUAAAAUCAGAAUGAGUUCAUGAGCCUUAAGGUAAAUCUCUUGCUGAAAUAAUCCUUUUAAAAUCAAAAUUUUGUAUCAGACUCAAAAUCAUUUAAAGACUAGCGAAAGACAAUUUGGUAUUCUGACUAUGGUCAAACCAGGUACCCAAACCCCCUCCCUGAGCAACACCUUUCCUGCUCUUUCCCUCCCUCGUAGGCUGGUGGCUAUGCUCCAUGGCUGUAAGUUCAGCUAGAAUUCCUUUUAUAGAAAACCAACAUGAUAAACAUAUUCAUGAUGGGAGAAAAAUGUGGGAGUGAAUUGAUAUUUAGAAAGCAGCAGUCAGGCGUGGUGGCUCAUGCCUGUAAUCCCAACUUGGGAGGCUGAGGCAGGCCGAUCACUUGAGUUUGAGACCAGCCUGGCCAACGUGGUGAAACCCUGUCUCUACUUUAAAAAGUACAGAAAUUAGCCGGUGUGGUGGCACAUACCUGUAGUCCCAGCUACUUGAGAGGUUGAGGCAAGAGAAUCCCCUGAACCCAGGAGGCUAAGGUUGCAGUGAGCCAAGAUUGCAUCACUGCACCACACUCCAACCUGGGCAACGGAGCAAGACUCCCUCUCAAAAAAUAAAUAAAUAAAAAUAAAAAAUAAAAAAGGCAGAAGCCCUGGAUUCAAAUCCACCACACGCUCAGUUUUCUUAUCGGUAAAAUGAAGACCCCCUGACCGAACAGUGAUUCUGUGACUCUUAGAAACAGCGGUAAGAGAUGCUACAUUUUUGGUGCUUGUUCAGAUGGAGGAAGGAUAGUUAACACUCAGGUAGCAAUUAUUUUGAAGGAGCAUAAUAUAUCUUCUUAAAAAGUAUACCUACUCAAAUAUUGGUAAAUGUUGACAUGACUGAACCUAAAUGGCGAGUAGUAUUUUAGAAAAACACUAAGUCCCUGCAGAUAAAUGACAAGUGUUGAUUUGGGUGCUUAAUGUAUUACAUUUAGACUUGAACUGUUGGAUGUAUCAGAAAUGUUAAAAGCUUUUUCUCAACAUUUCCGAAAGUUUUUCCAAGAAAUCAAUGUUAGGUUUUGUUCCAGAAGCAAAUUUGCAUUUGUGAUCUGCUUCUAAAAAUGCUGUAAGUUAACCUCUAUGUUUAGAAAGUGAAAAUAUCUGAUGCUAGAUUGGAAGUAUCUCUUCCUGGGGAAUCCAGAAAGGUAAGAAUAGCAUAUUGUCCUACUGCAACAGAUAAGUUGCUUAUUGAGAAGUCUGGUUGUUAUUCUAUAUGAUAACAAUACAGUUGGUGUAUAUUUUAUAAUAGAUCCUUUUAUUUUCCUCAUAACUUUAGAUGGGGAAGGAGGGAAAAUUAUGAUAUCCAGAUUAAUUAAAGAGCAUUGAAAGUCCACAGUACUGUAUCUAAAGCAGAAGUUUGGGUUUGUUGUAGACUUUUCAUUUUAUCAACUCAUGAGCAGCUAUUUGGACAGUACUGCUUAUCAUUUUAUCAUAUUUUUUCACAGCCUUUUAUAGAUGUUUUAUAGCUUAUUUUACCAGUUUUCCUGGAAAAUUCUUUUUUUUUUUCUUGUCUUUUUUUUCAGAUGAGGUCUCACUCUGUCACCCAGGCUGGAGUGCAGUGGUGCAAUCUCGGCUCACUGCAACCUCCACCUCCAGGGUUCAAGCCACUCUCCUGCCUCAGCCUCCUGAGUAGCUGGCACUACAGGUGCCUACCACCACACCUGGCUAUUUUUUUGCAUUUUUAGUAGAGAUGGGGUUUCAUCCUGUUGACCAGGAUGGUCUCGAUCUCCUGCAUGAUUUACCGGCCUCAGCCUCCCAAAGUGCUGGGAUUACAGGCAUAAGCUACCAUGCCUGGCCAUUUCUUUUAUACUAUAAUUAAGAAUUUAUUAAAAUGCUCAAAUUGUCUAAGACUGUAAAGUUUAUUGAGGAGAGGCCAUGACUACCUCUGAAUUUAGUAAAUUAAAAAUAUUUCUGCUUCUCAAUAAAGAACUAAUAUUCAUAUAAAUAAUGAAUGCUUUUUUUCCCAUUAUGUAACCUGAAAAUAAAUACUUAUGCAAAUAGAUCAAAGUCCACUAAAAAGAACUGAUUACCACCAAAUAAAACUUUGAGGAAGACAAAAUUUAAUGACCUUUUAUGAGGCAAUAAUAUUGUAACAACUCUUCAAAGUCCAGAUCUUCCAGAACAUGUUAUAUAUGCUAUAUGUUAUGUAUACUACAUAUAACAUAUUCCAUGUUAAUUUGUGUUCUGUAGUAGUGUGUUCCAUGGGCAAGACGACGGAUGGAAAGUAUGCUUUCUGGUCAGAAAAAAGAUUUGAAAAUUUAUAGUUUAUAUUAAUGUAAUAAAGAGACAGAAAUGCAGAAAAGAA